UCAAAACAAACGGAACGAUAACACAUGAAUAACUUGAAGAGCUCGAAGCAACAGCACGUUUUUGUUAUUUAAAAAUUAAAUUAAAAAUUAGAAACUAUUUCAGUCAAUUCUAAGUUACAACACCCCUGCCACAAAGAUGACCAUUGAACUGAACAUCACCACAGCUAAGCAGCCAAUGCGUAGCAAGCCGGAGGAAGUCCUUCCUCCUCCCACGAAGAAGAAGUCAAAAAACUCUGCUAGUAGUGGAUUUUCAUUUGAGUUUGGUGGUGGGACGCAAAAGGUAAAGGCGGUUGUGGCACGAAGACGUCCGGUAGCCGGAAAACCCGUAUCCGAAGAUGACAAACCCAAGAAGACAACUGAAGAGGCGGUCAAACCUAAAUCAAUGGCCAUACGUAGAAAAGUUGACACAAAACCCACAAAGCCAAAUGGCCAGUCAGUGGCCUUAAAACGAAAGGCUACGGACAACACCAGUGAAGUGCCUAAAAAGAAUUUUGUUGCAGCCCCACAAUCCCAUCAAGAUGAUGGCGAUUCCGAUUUGGAAUCCUAUGCUAGAGUACCAAAAACCAAGGAUUUAGCUGGAGACCUAAUGUUGAACAUAUGCACAGCUCCCACAGGCAUGGUGGGCAAACAGCAAGGCCAAAAAGCAAAACUAACACGCCAGGAACGUCUUCAACAAAAACGCUCAGAACGACAGGGCGGUGAUGGGCAACUAAAGAAACGUACCUUGUCCGAUAAUGAACUGAAAGCUGGUAUCAGAAAAUUCUCUAAAAAUCCAAAUCAAAAACCAAGAGCCGCCGAUCUUUUCGUACAAAGGGAAAGGGAGGAACGUGAAGCAAUGAAGGCCAAGGAAGACGGCAGUCCAGUUGAAGAACCAGAAUUGGGACACGUAGAUCCCCAGGCACGUAAAAAUAAUGCUUUUCGUGUUAAACGUCCAGGCGAUUCUAGUGUACGUAAAAUUGGCCUCUUCAAAGAUCAACCAGAGAAAGUGGAAUUGGGCCAACGUUUUGUAAAACCAAUUACUGAGAAAAUUUUCGAUAACACCAAAGUGGAGUCAUUGGAUCUACACGCUCAUACAGUGAAAAAUCUUGCCGACAUAUUGAGCAUUACUCAUCUGACCACGGUACAAAAGAAGACAAUACCUAAAGCUUUGGAGGGAAGAGAUCUUCUUGUACGUUCUCAAACUGGUUCGGGCAAGACACUGGCCUAUGCCUUACCUCUGGUGGAAAAACUACAUUCGAUACGGCCGAAAAUUACCCGUGAUUGUGGUAUAUUGGCUGUUGUUAUAGUAUCCACACGAGAAUUGGCCAUUCAAACUUAUGAGCUCUUCCUAAAAUUAGUAAAACCCUUUACAUGGAUUGUACCGGGCGCCCUGAUGGGUGGUGAACGAAGAAAAGCCGAAAAAGCCAGAUUACGUAAAGGUAUAAAUAUUUUGGUGGGGACACCUGGCCGUUUGGUUGAUCAUUUACUACACACCGAAUCAUUUAAGCUGAGUAAAGCCAAAUUUCUUGUACUGGAUGAAGCUGAUCGUCUCUUGGAAAUGGGCUAUGAACGUGAUGUUAAACAAAUUGUUGAGGGUAUCGAUAAACAACGAACGGAAGAUGCCAAAGAAGGUGGCACCCCUGAACCGUUGCAGAGAAUGUUAUUGUCAGCCACUCUAACAUCAGCUGUACAAAAAUUAGCUGGUCUAACAUUAAAUGAUCCCAUAUACAUCGAUAACAGUGAUGAGGAUCCCACCAAGGCCAUUAGAACAACAGAGGGUUAUAAUAAAGAAACAAUUGAGGCUGUCACGGCCGAUGUGCUGGACGGUGAAGAUUCAACUGGUAUCUUAACAAUACCUGAAAAUUUAAAACUUAGCUAUGUAGUGGUGGCACCAAAGUUACGUCUGGUUACACUCUCUGGGCUAUUGGCUCAUGAAUUUCGUAAUAAAGAUAAAUUUAAGGCUUUGAUUUUUAUGAGUACCAUGGAAAUGGUUAACUUUCAUCAUGAUUUGUUAAAUGAACAGCUUACCCAAAAGAUACUCGACGAAGAAGAUGAAGAAUUGGCCAAAGAGGAAUCGGAUGAUGAUUCAGAUGAGCCACUGUUGAAGGGUUUAAGAUUCUUCAGAUUACAUGGAUCCAUGUCACAAACCGAAAGACAGGGUGUCUUUAAGGGAUUCCGAGAAUGUAAAUCAGGAGUUCUUUUGGCAACAGAUGUCGUUGGCCGUGGCAUAGAUGUUCCUGAAAUCGAUUUGGUCGUACAAUACUCCCCACCCCAGAAAACUGCCGUUGUGCAUCGUGUUGGUCGCACAGCCCGUGCUGGACGCAAUGGUCGUGCUGUACUUUUCUUAACGCCCAGUGAAGUCCAGUUUGUUCGUUAUUUAGAAAAUAAACGGAUAAGAAUAUCUCAAGCUGAUAUGGAUGAGUAUUUAAAGGCACUCAAUGAGGCCGAUGAUGAAGCGAACACAGUCCAAGAGGCAGCAUCAAAUUUACAACAUAAAUUCCAAGAGCUUAUAGCCGAUGACAAAGAAAUGCAUGAUAAGGCAUGUAAAGCAUUCGUUUCAUGGACGAAAUUCUACACAACGUUCCCCAAAGAAUUGAAACCAAUUUUCAAUGUUAAAAACGCCCAUAUGGGACAUUUUGCUAAAAGUUUUGGGCUCAAGGAACAACCAACAUCGUUUGUGAAGAAACAUACAAUGCCCAAGCCAGCAUUGCCCACAAAUCGUUUAACCUACACUGAAAGAGAUCCAGAGAAAAUCAAACUCGAACGCAAGGCGAGAAAACAUCGUUUUGGUACCACCGUAACCGGAGCCGUGAGAAAUCUUAAUCGUCCCGAACCCAAUCGUUUGGCGAAAAUGAUACCCACCUCAAGGGUAUUGACAAUAUCUGAAUUUGAUAGCGGUUUGCCAUCGUCUAAAAAACGUAAACAUUAAUUUUUACUAGGUUGUUUUUUUUUUUUGUCAGUUAAUAAAUAAAUAAAAAUAG